AUGGAUCUAGAAGAAUGCUCGACCAACAACGAAAAACCACAUAUUCAACUACUCCAUGAUGAAAAGAACUGUGUCGGGCUUUCUCGUCUGCCUUUCCGAUCGUCGCUCAUUUCUUCGGCUGCGAUGCCUCUUUUAGUCAUGAUCAGCUUGCUUCUUUUGCAGCCAGUAGCCUCGCAGACACCCUAUCGGACGUGUUAUGAGGCCCUAAGUAGUGCCGAUGGUGAUCGAAAUAGUGUUCUGACGCAGGCAGAAUACGUCGAGUCCUUGAGGAUUUUGACCUUUGGUGCAGUCAGCGUCAACUCCUACGAAAAUCUUUCCGAAGAGCUAAAAUCGGGUUUCACCUUUCGUGCUCCAGACGGUUCACCGGGAGUCGACAUAAGUGAAGUAGCAUCCAGUAGUAGCUCCAGUAUGUCCCUAUUUUGCACCAGUAUAUACGCUGGUCUCGUGGAAAGCCUAGGUAUUGCAACUUCUCAACAAGCUUGCUUCAUUGCCAUGUCCGUUGGUGAUAUUGGACGAGACGAUGCUCUGGCAGCCGAGCCGGAUUUUGUCCGAUAUGCUAACCAGAUGGCGGGAGGGUCCUACGGAAUUUCCAUUUCCUUUGCAUCUUUACCGCCACCCCUGCAAGCGGUCUACAACGACUUUUCAGACGGUGAUAAUGGGAUUCCGGUCAUCGGUUCCAAACCGGGCACGACGCCAACAAUCGAAGACCAGAGCUUUUUAACCAAUCUUUGUCGACAGACCGCUGUGGCUGUUGUUGCGGGGGAACAGCCAAUGGCUACACCAGCAACCAUGGCUGGAACGACUCCGGCCACGUCAGCACCUGUUUCUUCUCCAACAGACGGCGCUGGAUCUAUCACUCCCCUUUUUACGUUUUCCGAUUGCACAACGGCGAUGCUGGUGUCCGAUUUGAACCGUGAUGAUUUCUUCGCCCAAGCGGAGUAUUUAAGAUUCUUAAAUCGACUAACUACCAACGCAUUUUCUGAUCAGACGUUCGGUACGCUUCCCAGUCGACUCCAGAGUAACUACAACGUCUUGGCAACUAAGGAUGGUCAGAUUCCAGUCAACGGGUCUAAGCCAGGUUCUGCGCCGAGUGCUGAGGAAUUAGCAAGCCUGGAAAAUGUCUGCGAUUCCACGGAAACAGCCUUACGUGAGGAAAACAGCGGCGGAGGCGUAGUUCCAACGUUUGCUCCUACCAUGACAACGUCCGGGAUAACUAUGGCUCCAGUGCCAACUGAGCAGACGACCGGUAGUCCGGAUCCCGUUGCCAUCCCAACACUUCGUCCAGUCGCAGCUCCAUCAGUACCGACUAUUCCUUUUAAUAUCUGCACACUCAAUAUGGCCACGUCGGAUUUGGAUCGGAGUGGUAGUCUUAGCUCGAACGAGUAUUUUAAUUUUGUCAACAAAAUUGCUGGAAAUACUUAUGAUGGCUUAACAUUUGACACCUUACCCGAUGCCGUGCAAGAGGCUUUUGAUGGUCUAUCUGAUGGCAAAUUGAUUGACGUUUCGGGCUCGUUUCCAGGUCAACGUCCCAAUGAGGCACGUGAAGCCGAACUGGAGGCCAUUUGUGCUACCUCCUUGGAGGCGAUAUACGGUCCUCCGCUUGUGACCGCCACGACGACACCAUCAGUAGACCCCGCUCCAACAACGUCACCAAGCGCUGCGCAAGUCCAGAACAUAACAGUGUUCAACGGCUUUUAUAUCUUCAAUGUCAAGGGUGUUCGAGCAGCUACUUUGAUUUCAGGUCAAAAUCGAGAUGGGCUGAACCGUGGGUACGAAGCUUUUGUCAGGAACAUCACGGCCGAGUUUAUAGCAACUACACAGGUGCCCGGCGAGCCUCAGCGGCAUCUUCGAUCGCGCCAUUUAGAAGAACCAGGCCUGGCGCCCGAGGCGGCACGAAUUUACGAAAUAGAUGAUGUUGACUGUCCUCCUGUAAUCAACGUCGAGAGUACUUUUUGUCAAAUAGUGUACGCAGAGUUCGAGGUACACCACAUUCGAGAGCCGGCCGCUGAUGCAUUUUUUGAAUCUUUGACGAGGAUAACUCAAGACGCAAUUGUCGGCGACAAGACUGGUCUUAAUGCUUUUGUGCUCGCGGCAAAUCCCUAUUCGGAUGUGGAGGUUUUGGGACCGGCCGAACAGCUUCGUCCGAUCAACCUACCCGGGGUUCAAGAACCCGUUCCAGGCAACCCUGUCGGAGCAGAAAGCGGAGGCAACCAAGCAGGCCUUAUUGCGGGUAUUUUCGUCGCGAUUGCAGUCAUCGUAACCGUAGCAGGAAUUGUACACUACCGUAAACGGAAAGGUGACAGUUAUGGUUUGAACUCAGGUUUCAGUACGCCAUCCUUUUUCAAGCGAAAACCAAAGUCAAAUCCAAAUGUACCAGAAGUCAAUUCAUUGGGGAGCGCGCAAAAUCAUGGCGAGCAUCACGAUUUAGAAGACGGAUUCGGGCGCUUUGAAACCAUUGAAACCAAAUCUCCUAUGAAACCUGGCGGAAUGGCAGGCUUCUUCGGGGGUUCGCAUCAUAGUAAAUCUGGAUCGGACGACGAGGAAAGCGGAGGAUUUAGUGUACAGGAACAGUCACCAAUCAAACGAGAUGCACGAAAUGCUCUAGGAGACAUUGAAGUAUCCGACAAUGGCCAUUUGAAAGGAAACGCUUUCGGUGGGUUCGGUUUUGGAAAGAAAAAAUUGAACAAACUUCAACACUCUACCAACGAGCUCGAUAGUAGUGAAUACGACGACAAUGAAGACGAUUUCGCGAAUUAUGGAUUUGAAGAGCCGGAAGAGCAGCGCCAUGAUUCUGUGGGGGACAUGUUUGAUAUUCUCAAUCAAAAUGAAGGAGAAACAGACUGGGAUCCCCAACACGUUUCUAGCGCAGCAUGGCAUGGAGACGUCAAAGGUACCUGGGGGGCCCAAGGCCACAACCAUGACUUCGGUGACGACCAUACCGUUUCACAAAGCGGUUCGGAGAGCCAGAGCCACGAUAACGAAGAGGAAUCCGGAAGCUACUCAGAGGAUGAUGAUUCCGGCUCGAGUGAUGACAACUCGUACAACGGAGACGAUGGUGAUGACACGACUCGACGAACUCGAGAACCUUUAAAUUCUCGUGCCAUUGGCGCGAGCGUCACGGAGAACAUGCGGCACCUCGACGCAAUGGUGCAUCAUGGGCACUGGAAUGGUUUUGUUCAGAAAACUGCGGAGCUUGCGGAAGAUCGAAGCGAAGGCUCUGAAGACAAAAGCGAAGAAGAGUCGUUUUCCGGCUCAGGGACAAGUAGGACAGACUCUUUUGUGGAUGAUGGACUAGAUGGGGGUGAAGAUGGUCUGAGCUUGAACUCUACUGAGAAGUCUACACGAGAAAAGUAUAGACUUCAAGUGGAACAAUUGGUUCAAAAAGUUGCACCAGAGGAGUCAGACAACAUAAAUGCAAUGUUCGACAAAUUUCUUGGCCGAGAGGCUGAGCUCUUACAGACGUUAGAAUCCAUGAAUGAUCGUUCCGCUUCGCAAAGAGCCCGAAAAGCAGUACACAGGUCGAAAGCUUUUCCUCAACAAUCUGGGCGGCUUUCUGCGGGAGGGUUGGAUGGUUCGGCCGCCAUUGCAGCAGCUAGUACACUUGGUGGUGGAUUCUACGAUAAAGGUGAUGAUGAGCACGAUGAAAAUCGUAGCAGUGACGAGAACAGUCACUCAUAUGAAAGCAGUGAUGAAUUUAGCGGCAAUGCUAGUGGCAGCGGCAGCUACGAAGAUGGUCAAGGAAGCCACCGUUCAGACAUCUACAACAAGCCGGAAGGGAGCUCCCGCUCUGGUUCCGCAAGCUUUGACGUUGUUGAUGGGAGCUACCGUUCCGAGUCUGGGAGUUAUGAUGAUGCAGGUAGCGAUAGCUAUGCCUCUGAUAGCGGCAGCGAUGAAAACUCAUAA